GAAAUGACGUUAUUGUGUGAUAACCCCUUCAGAUUUAAUUUAUGUCAGGGGGCAAUUUUCAGUACUUAAUCAAUAAUUUUACUUUCGAGUACUGACAAUUUCAGUGUGAAAAUUAGAUAUGUCUGAGGAAAACGAAGAUGUUAUGCCCGUUUCCCAGCCCGUACGUGCUAAAAGCUUGUUGCGGGCAAAGUUGGAAAAGUCUUCGUUGAUACUCCAGAGCAGAAUGCCGAACAUUAAAGUCUUCAGCGGGACUUCUCAUCCUGAUCUUGCCCAGAGGAUUGUGGACCGACUGGGGAUCGACUUGGGCAAAGUGGUAACGAAGAAAUUCAGUAACUUGGAAACAUGUGUUGAAAUUGGGGAAUCCGUCCGUGGCGAAGAUGUAUACAUCGUCCAGUCAGGAAGCGGGGAAGUUAACGACAACCUGAUGGAACUUCUUAUUAUGAUAAACGCAUGCAAAAUUGCAUCCGCAAGUAGAGUCACUGCAGUCAUUCCAUGCUUCCCUUAUGCCCGACAAGACAAAAAGGACAAGCCUGCGAAUAAAAAUGACGUCGAACGCAACGUGGAAAAAUGGAAGUCUAUCGAAUGGAAAUUCAGGAGUCGGGCUCCAAUCUCGGCCAAAUUGGUGGCAAACAUGCUCUCAGUGGCCGGAGCCGAUCACAUCAUCACUAUGGACUUGCACGCAUCACAAAUUCAAGGUUUCUUCGACAUCCCGGUGGAUAACUUGUACGCCGAACCGGCAGUGUUGAAAUGGAUCAAAGAAAACAUCGUCGAGUGGCGAAACAGUAUAAUAGUGUCACCUGAUGCCGGAGGCGCUAAAAGAGUCACGUCUAUCGCCGAUAGAUUGAAUGUGGAGUUCGCACUUAUACACAAAGAGAGAAAAAAGGCCAACGAAGUGGCCUCGAUGGUUCUCGUAGGAGACGUAAAAGACAGGGUUGCUAUUUUGGUUGACGAUAUGGCCGAUACUUGCGGCACGAUUUGUCACGCAGCUGAAAAGUUGACCGAAGCUGGGGCUACGAAAGUCUACGCAAUUUUGACUCAUGGAAUAUUCUCCGGACCUGCCAUUACUAGGAUUAAUAAUGCGUGCUUCGAAGCCGUGGUUGUCACAAAUACUAUUCCUCAGGAUGGACAUAUGAAGGAUUGUUCAAAAAUCCAGUGCAUUGAUGUGUCUAUGAUGUUCGCCGAGGCGGUGAGGAGGACACACAAUGGCGAAUCAGUAUCGUAUCUAUUCUCGAAUGUUCCUUAUUAACCGAUUUUUAUUAUUUUCAAUAAUAAAAAUUAUAGGUUGUACUGCAAAUCCUCAGAAGUAGAGAAAUUUUAUUGUUCUUUUUUCAUUAUAAUAAUCGAAUUUGAAACAAUUAAUUUGUUAGAGAUAACUUAUUUUAUUUCUAAAAAAUCCUAAUUUGGACCUUUGUGGUUGCAUGCCAUAUUAUGUUUUAAAACAUUUUACACUAAUUACAUUAGGUUCCUUCUUUGCAAUAAAAUUUUAUUUUUAAUUAUUUUAAAACGAUCUUGUAGUUUAUACAAUUUUGGCUUAUACUUGUAUAAGAAAUAAAAGACAGGAGCUUUCUCUAUACGCUUUUUUUGCAAAUUAUUUUGUAUAAAAAACUUAAAUAUACACAAUAAAUAGAUAUAAAAGCUGUUUUCAAUUGAUCCUAAUCUAGUCUUUACAGUGGCCUUCAGGUAAAGGAACGUCAAAAACUAUAGGUAAAUUUUUCGGAAUAUAAUUAAUAUCACAUGUUGAAGCGUUGAUAUAGAUGAUUUUUCCAUCAGAGAAUACUCCAUAAUCUGGGGAAAUAAAACGCAGCAAUAGUCUCUUUUCUUGGUAUCACAAAGUAAAGAUGAACUUGAAAUUUAUCUAGUUACUAUACUAAAUCAAAGAAGUUAUUGCUAAGGUUUUCGGUUUAUUCGUAACUAUAUUACCGGAUAACCCAAUUAUGAAUAUUAAUAACGGUAACAGCUUUAAUCAUGAAAUUUGUGUAAGAAAAAAAUAAGACAAGAUUUAUUAAUAAAUCAAAAUGUCGGAGAAAACUUCUUUAAAUUAGUAUCAACAGUUGUAAAUCAAAUAAAUAGUUAAGCAGUUUUAUGUAUUACGCAACAACAACUGACUGACAAUAAAAAUAACUUGCCUUCA